AUGGCGGCGGAGGAACCAAUGGUCAACGGCGGCACCCUGGCUCUCAAAGAGAGUCACAACCUUGGCGUCAGGCGGCAGCCGGCCGUAAAACUAUAUAGCCAAAACAAAUAUCUCCUAAUCAUGAAAUACAAAGGCAAAAUAAUAAUGGGUCAUAAUGCUAGGGCGUUCCCCAGAAGCGACGAAAUGAUGGCGAACGAUGCGAAUAAUAUUAGGGCGUUCCCCCAAAGCGACGACUUUGACAAAAACAAACGUUUGCAAUUAAACUACAAAAUUAGAAUGGCGACAUGGAACCUAGGCUCUCUCACUGGACGUAGCCAAGAACUAGCAGAAACCCUGAAAAGGAGAAACGUAGACAUAUGCUGUAUACAGGAAUUGAGAUGGAAAGGGUCUAAACCAAGGGAAUUAGGACUAGGAUACCAGCUGGUUUACCACGGGACGAGCAAUAAACAAAAUGGUGUAGGCGUCAUACUUGAUCAGAAACUGAAAGAUAGAAUAGUAAACGUCGAAAGAAAAUCAGACCGCAUCAUAGCACCAAUCGUACUACGGACUUGUGCUCCCGAGUUGGCGCCGGUCUUAACGCGUCUUUUCCGGCAAUCCUAUGCAUUCAGCGUCGUCCCGAACUCCUGGAAGACUGCUUUGGUGCAUCCGAUCCCUAAAAAGGGCAACCGCUCAGACCCGUCCAAUUAUAGGCCUAUAGCCAUCACCUCCUUGUUCUCCAAGGUAAUGGAGUCCAUUAUAAACUGCCAGCUCCUGCGGUACCUAGAGGAGUACCAGCUGAUUAGCGACCGCCAGUACGGUUUCCGUCGGGGUCGCUCAGCCGGUGAUCUUCUAGUUUACCUUACUCAUAGAUGGGCGGAAGCAGUUGAGAGCAAAGGGGAGGCAUUAGCAGUCAGUCUGGACAUAGCGAAGGCCUUCGAUCGCGUGUGGCACAAAGCGCUUCUUUCGAAGCUUCCUUCCUAUGGGCUUCCCGGGAAAUUAUGCAAUUGGAUUACCAGUUUUUUGGCAGAUCGGAGCAUCAAGGUCGUUGUCGACGGUGCAUGCUCUGACUUAAAAUUCGUCAAUGCU